AUGAGUGAGACAAAAUAUGCUUUGGUCACUGGUGCAUCAUCAGGGAUUGGUUAUGAAGUCACAAAGGAGUUAUUGAGGAGAGGGUGGUACGUGUACGCAUGUGCCAGAAGAACACAUCCUAUGGAGGAAUUAAGAGCCGAGUUUGGAGAUAGAUGCAUCCCUAGGAAACUUGAUGUUUCGAAUCAGAAUGAUAUCACCCAGUUGAAGUUGAAGUUGGAGCAAGAAUUACCAGAUCAGAAGCUACAUCUAUUAUAUAAUAACGCUGGCCAAAGCUGCUCUCUGCCCGCAAUAGACGUGAGCGAAGAAAUCAUCGAUAAUACAUUCAGAGUAAACGUUUAUGGACCCAUCAACUCAUGUCGUGAAUUCGCACCAUUAAUCAUAAACGCUAAGGGGACAAUCGUCUUCACUGGGUCAUUAGCUGGGAUAUGUCCAUUUCCGUUUGGAGCAGUGUACAGCGCAUCAAAGGCUGCGAUUCAUCAAUACGCUCGGGUGUUACACGGAGAAUUAGGUCCUUUGGGCGUACGUGUCAUUAACAUGAUUACAGGAGGUGUAGCCACAGACAUCGCUGAUAAGAAGACAUUACCAGAAGGUAGUAUCUUCAACUUCCCGGAGGGUAUCAAAGCCGUUGAAACCCGUAAGAAGAUGUCAGAGAAGAAUCAACCGAUGUCACCAGCUGAUUACGCAAGAGAAACGGUGAAUGAUAUCGAAAACGGCAGCAUUGACCCGGUGGAUAUAUACCGGGGAACGAUGGCCACGGUAGUGAAAUGGUUAAUGCUACUGAUUCCAUACGCAUUGCUAGAAUGGGGAUUACGCAAGAAAUUCAAACUGUAUCCGGCGUAUUCCGUUUUGAAUAAACGUCAAUUGCAAAGCCAACGCCAACGUCAACGUCUUCUUGAAAAUACUAUCAAACAUGACUGA